AUGGCGCGAAAAAACCUCUUGAAGGGGCUCAACCGCCCGACGGGCAUGGUCUUCGAGCAUACCGACGUGGAGGCAUCCUACGGGAAAUUCAUCGCCUAUCCGUUCGAGCGCGGCUACGGCGCGACCAUCGGCAACAGCCUGCGGCGGAUCCUGCUUUCGGGGAUUCAGGGCUACGCCAUCACAGCGGUACGCAUCGCUACCCGCGAAGGCGACGGAUCGUCGCACACCGUAUCCAGCGAAUUCGAGCCUAUCGCGCACGUCGUGGAGGACACUCCUGACAUCAUCAAUGCCAUGAAGCAGGUCAGGCUGGCGCUGGAUGAAGGGGUGGAGGAACGGACGAUCUACCGGGAAGUCACCGGGCCCGGGAGCCUCGUCGCCGGCGAUUUCGCGGUGGACGCAGGGAUUACGGUGACCAACCCGGACUUGCCGAUCGCCACACUCAUGGACCAGGCACACCUGGAGAUCGAGGUACAGAUCGAGUUCUCGCGCGGCUAUCUGCCGGCGGAGAACAGCGAACGCUUCAUCGACAUCGUCGGCACGAUUCCGAUCGACGCUCUGUUCUCGCCGAUCACGCGCGUGAAGUACGGCGUGGAGAACACCCGUGUCGGUCAACGAACCGACUAUGACAAGCUGGUGCUCGAGGUGUGGACCGACGGCACGCUGAAGCCGGAGGACGCGGUUGCCGAGGCAGCCAAGAUCGCCAAGGAUCACUACACGAUCUUCAUCAACUUCGAAGAGGACGAGAUCGGCGACCACGACGAGCUGGACCUCGAGGACGAGCGUCUGCGCCGGUUGCUCGACACUCCUGUCGAGGAGUUGGAACUGUCGGUGAGGUCGAGCAACUGUCUCCGCAACGAGAACAUCCGCACGAUCGGUGAUCUGACCCGCAAGACCGAAGACGAGAUCGCCAAGACCCGCAACUUCGGCCGCAAGUCCCUCGACGAGAUCAAGAAGAGGCUGGAAGAGCGCGGCCUGCAACUGGGCAUGAGCGACUACAGCGCGGUGCGCCAGCGCCUUGCCAGCGCCGAAGCCGUGGGCGCCGAUGAUGACGCCGUGGCAGAUGCGGAAGCGUUGAGCGCUGAGACGGCUGCUCACGAACAAACGGCGGACGAGGAAUGA